GCCGUCGUCUGACCCGAGCCAAGGCAGACGACACAAAGAGAGGCAGCGGGAGCCAGGACAUACAGCCAGCUGAAGCAUCCCUUUUCUCAGACACAAGGCCAGAGCUUGGGACUGAUCAACAACGACCUACUGGGAAAGGUACAUCUGAGACAGAGAAGAUGCCGAUCUGUUCCAUCCUGGAGAAGCGUAAUGGUGUGGUGGUGGGAGCCGAGCUGACCUGCAGCGUACGGGAGGAUAACAAGGCUCAGAGGGAGACCUACAGCGCUGACUGGAACAGCAUCAGUAAAAAAACUCAACCUCAGGAAAGGCAGACAAUGGACAUGAACGACAAAUCUCGCAGGGAGACUCUGUCCCGGCAGUGGCAGGCCCGUUCCCUGACACAGAUUUGCCCCUCGGGUGUCUUCAGAGUGGGCACCGUGGAAAUAGGGGUGAGGGAGCACCAGCUGCUGCCUAAGAGAAACACCCUCCCCUUGCCCAUUUUCACCCCGGCAGAGCUGGGCGUCAGGCUCGGACGCGGAGCCCCGCACACCGAGGAGGACCUGCUGCCCCUCCCCAAACCAGACGGAGCCUGUCCCGGCAAGAGGACUGUGGACGAAAUCACAAGAGAUCUGCCCCCAGUCAAGCCGACCCUCAUGGAGUUCUCCAAAGCGCCCAAAGCCCUGGGUCGCUCCAUGUCCGUGGAGACCCAGAGAGGGUGAAAAAACAACAAGGGACAAAACAGAGAACGAGAUGAUGAUAGGGAGAAGUGUGACAAAUGGAGGAGGAUAGUCUUUGAGCAGAGCGAGUCAGGAAGGACUAGAUGUAUAUAGAUUUAUCUCUAGUGACAUUCAUCAUAAACCCUUCAUACUGUAGAUUGUGUUUUAGCUCAGUCUGUGUCUCAUGGUGAGCACAGCACCAGAUAAAUGUCACGCUUUGUCAAUGAUGGCAUUUGGUGGUGAGUGGUAAUAGGAAUGGUUAUGUGAAGGUAUUGGCUUUGUGAGGGAGAGUCAGGGCGUGUGUUCUCAGCUGUGCCACGGGCUAUUGUGUGGCCGUGCUGGCCGGCUGGGCACACACACUGACCUCUCACUGGAAUCACUGUGACCCAACUGUUGCAUGCACCGUGCACCUUUAAUCAUGCUGCAUGCACUUUCUUUAGGAUUGAAACGUGCAUAUAUCCUGACAAGGUAAAUGAAGGUGCUCUUGUGGUCACUUGACUAAUGGAUUAUUCCUGUAAUAGGCGGUGAAGUCAUGCAACGAUGCAGAAAGUGACAGAUGCAAAAGGCAGAGGCAGGUAAAUAACUGUAAAAAGAGGGAUGGAAAAGAGGAAGAGAAAACCGGAGGGACGAGGGCUCGGAGAACAUGCCACCGUCAGGCCUCCAGAAGCUCUCGACAGUCUCUGAGAGAUCACACACUGUGGCUGUACAUAUGUGUGUGAGCGUCCUUGUGUGUGUGUGUGUGUGUGUGUGAGACACCUCUCACUCUGCUCUUCACUGUGUAUUAACUGAUCUGCUUUGUUAGCUGAGUGGCAGCACUUUCGUAUCCAAUAGGAACCGACACUGUAGUGAAUGAAUUUGAAAUGUGUGUGAUGAUGUUGAAUUGUUUGUCCUAGUUUUUUAUUAUUUUUACAAAUAAAAGUUAUGUUGCUCAA